AUGGGCAUAUGCGCUUCUUGCCUGGGCGGUAGUCGCCAGGAGUCCCCCGAGGUGAGUCUUCUACUAGCUGUCAUGGCUACAAUGUUUGGUGCCAAUUAUCUCGGGUUCGUGCGCGAGAUGUGGUCUGCAUAUCGGCGAGAACAAUGUCUUACCAUCUUUUGCAAGCCUGAGUCUUCCCGUCUACUUGAAGAAGAUCCCUACCAGGCAGGGUACGGCUACGGGGCUCUCAAUCAUGUCCAGCAACAGAACCAACCGGAUCCGGAAUAUGUGAGGCGUGAGCGGGAAGCCCUGGAUGCCAUCUGCCAGCGAACAUCGGACUCUGUCAUCGAUAUCUGGUCCCUUCAACCACAACCUCAUCUGCAACCACAGGCCACCCUCCAUGGUCCUACAUCUACAACAAACUCACCCACUCCUGGCGAGGGACACUCUCAACUCACUGUGACCUCCGAUCAGGCCUCAGAAACAAGCCGACCAGCAUCUGGCUGCACCGUCCCCAAGCACUGGGGUGAAGUGGUGGUGAAUCCCAAUAAGAAGCGUUCCCGCCCUGAUAUGAAAGCCGAUGCCAAUGCGAGCCGUGACGUAUUUGGUGUUCUUAAGGUCACCUAA